GACAGGAAUAUUUUGAACGACUGUGUCAGCGAGAGAAUUAUCCUCUAUCAAAUUUGAAAUAUAACCAAAUACAAACGAUAAUCCUUUCAACAAAGAAAUCAAGGUUUAAACGAGGUGGUUUAAAUAAUCUGGUAAAAUGUCGCCAUCUUUUAUCAAUGCUCGAUCAUUCUCUCCAUGGAAAGUUUUACACCGGAAGUUGAAUGGUGUGUUACCUGCACUUUGUUUUCUUCACCUUUUGUAUUUUCACGGAACUAAGGCAGAGGUUGGUUGUGCUGACGAUACAAGCGAAGGAUUCCAAUGGCAUAGCAACCUGGCAGCUUGCAAUGGUUAUUGGCAUGGACAUAUAGAAAACGGUAGCUCUCUUUGUAGUCCGGGAUGGCGAGUAUGUUCGUGGCAGGACACACGUAUUCUAAAGAACCUAACUUGGGAAGAGGCGACGUCUGUCAGCGGAUGUUAUGCCUACAAUGCAGCCCAGGAUGGUGGUAGAUGUCGACAAUGUAUGGACAAUAUGGAACAGGAUGACCUCGCUGGUGUUGGAAAAGACUGUCCCCACCAAAACCAAGGUUUGACAUCUUGUAUCUCUGGUGGACGAAUAGAUGCCAGUUGCUGCGUGGAUUCACACUUCAAACAUGCGUGUCAUUUUAAACUAGGCAUAGCAUCGGGUGUGCUGUGCUGUCGACUCCCGGCUCGAGUUCCCAAAAUUAUUGUUCGUCCGCCAGAAAAAAUGCACGUAUACAGUGGUCUUAUAUUUCUGCUAACAUGUCAAGCGACGGGUAUACCAACACCGACUGUUCAUUGGUACCGGAACGGAAAACAAAUAACGAAGAAUAACUCGAGAUUCUCCAUUCUUACCUCAUCUGAUUUAAUGGUAACUCUAGCUCGACCAUCAGACACCGGACUUUACAGUUGUGAGGUGACUAACAACCAAGGAGUAGACAUGGCCAGUUCUUUCGUUACUGUAAGAGACUAUAUAUCUGGAUGUGCUGACAAGAACACUGAAGGACUACACAACUAUAAAAACAUACACGCCUGCAAAGGAAAGUGGGAUGGUCACGUGAAGCGAGCGCGAUGGCUUUGCGCCAAAGGAUGGAGCGUCUGCAAUCCUAAAGACUCCGAAGCGCUACAGAAGAUCACGUGGGCUGACAUCUAUGAAUUGCAUGGUUGCUAUGCCUACAAUGCUGCAAACCACAAAGGCAAAUGUACAAGAUGUCACAAGGUCAAUAUGGCGGGAAUUGGACGAAAUUGCCGACGAUUACGUUAUACAAAAUCAUCUUGCUUAACUAAAGGUAGAAUCGACGUGUAUCAUCCCAGAAAAAGCCGCGGAUGUUCAUAUACAGCAGGUUAUACAACUGGUGUAUUGUGCUGUAAACGAAAGAGAGUGAAAUCAUCAAAGCGAAGGUGUAAACAUUCUUGCCAAAACGGAGGUGUAUGUGUAGGCUUCAAUCGAUGUAAAUGUUUACCGGACUAUAAGGGAGCUACAUGCCAAAAUCCGAUUUGUACUCCUCGCUGCCCGGCGAUGUCUAUGUGUAUUAAACCAGGCAAAUGUCUUUGUAAGCCUGGAUACACAGGACGCUAUUGCAAACGUAGACACGGCUGUAAAUUACCUUGUUUCAAUGGCGGUCGAUGUAAAAAAGGAAAAUGUAUUUGUCCCCCCACACACUGGGGAACUUCAUGCCAACACUUGCACCAGCACAUUCUACUGUCUUAUCUGAACCGUACCGAACGAUGAUGUGCAAAUUUGAUAAAUAAUAAGAAAAACAACAACAACAACAACAACAAGAUGUGAUAUGGCGAGGUCAUGCUGUUGUAUACAUACUGUUGUAUACAUACAUCGAAACCACCACAGUUUUGCAUUUUUUUUUUUUCAAAACCUAUUUGUGUAGUAUUAGAAGUGGGGAGGAAACAAAAAACAGAAACACCAUCACCUGAUAAUUUCUUACACGUAUAUUUCUCCCCACCACCACCACCACCACCACCACCCC